AUGACGGACUUGAAAAGUACUAUGUCAAGUUACGAAUUCAUAACCUCAGGUGCACCAAGGCAGCCAGAUGAAAGUGUGUGGAAAUACCGUAUGCGAAAAUUGUUUACAAUAAAAUCAAUGGAAAGCAUAGAUGAAGAUCAAAAAGCUUCUGAGCUAAAAAAGUCUUUAAACGUCUUUGACUUAAUUAUGAUUGGUAUAGGCGGUAUAAUUGGAAAUGGCAUAUUUGUCUUAGCAGGUCAAGCUGCCGCGACUAAAUCGGGUCCAGCUGUCAUCAUAUCUAUUUUAUUGGCUGGGCUUACAGCUAGUUUUGCUGCAUUAUCUUAUGCAGAACUGGCCUCAAUGAUCCCAAUUUCAGGCUCAUCAUACACUUAUGUUUACGCAACAUUGGGUGAACUUGUUGCCUGGAUUAUUGGUUGGGAUUUAACAUUGGAAUAUUUAGUGGGUGCUGCCGCAGUAUCUGUUGGGUGGUCCGGCUAUUUUAAAUUUUUCUUUUAUCAUGCUUUUAGCAUUGAAUUUUCGUCAUCGUGGACGGACGCACCAUUUAAAUUCAAUAGUACAACCAACGCUUUUGAAAUGACUCCUGGAUCUUAUUUCAAUGUUCCUGCUUUUUGUAUCGUAAUUUUUUUGACUAUUUUACUCGUCUUGGGAAUUAAAGAGUCAGCAAGAUUUGCUGCAUUUGCUGUCUCCGUGAAACUUGUAGUUAUAUUUUUGUUUAUUUUUGUCGCUGGAGCUCACAUCAACACUGAAAAUUUCCAACCAUUUAUUCCACCAAAUCAAGGAUCAUUUUCGAGUUUUGGAGCCACUGGAGUAUUGGCUGGAUCUACUGUUGUGUUCUUUGCAUAUAUUGGAUUUGAUUCGAUUUCAACUAUUGCACAAGAGUCCAGAAAUCCACAAAGAGAUCUACCAAUUUCAACUUUGGGCAGUUUCUCCAUUGUCUCUGUUAUUUACGUUACCGUAUGUGUCGUAUUAACAGGCGUAGUCUCAUAUGUAAAACUUGACAAUCCUGCGCCCAUAUCGGUAGCUGUUAAUGCAGUAGGGUUGAGAUGGUUAGGAAUAAUAGUAGAUAUUGGUGCUGUAAUUGGUCUAACAUCCGUUAUUCUCGUAUUAUUAAUGGGGCAACCUCGCAUUUUUUUUGCAAUGGCAAAUGAUGGAUUAUUUCCUAAAUUUGCUUCGAAGGUUCAUCCUCGGUUUGGUACCCCAUACGUAAUAACUAUAAUUGGUGGCGUAAUUGCUUCUAUGGGUGCCGCAUUUCUCCCGAUUGAUGUACUCUCUGAAUUAAUGUCUGUCGGUACAUUAUUGGCUUUCUUCCUAGUAAAUAUAGGCGUAACAAUUUUAAGAUAUACGGCUCCAGAUGCUCCCAGAAGAUUUAAAGUACCUGGUGGUCCAUUUCUGCUUCCGUUGAUAGGUGCUGCAUUAAAUAUUUUAUUAAUAGCAACAUCAUCAGUCGCAACAAUUGUGAGAUUGUUUGUUUGGAUGGCAAUCGGAUUGAUAGUGUACGUCUUUUACGGAGCAAAGCGUUCUAAAGUUAAUAACAAAGAGAAAUAUAUUGAAGAGGCUACUACAAAUAAAG